UAAAUUCCAACCGCAAUCGCCUAUUUCUUACAGGGUUCCAGAGGCCGUACCAGAGCCAAUGUGCGUCGCCCCUCACUAGAACUAGUUGACAGUGAAACCUUUAACACUCACUCGGCUUCACAACCCGCUGCUGCCCAAUCGCCUACUUUUCCUGCCCAGUUGCCCGGUGGACCGGUACGUUUUUUGGGCGCCACUCCGAACGAAUUCUACGACCUCCCAGACGAACAGGCUGAUAAAGCAGAAAGUACCAAACAACCAUCAGCUUCAGUUUCUGAAAAUGAUGACGAAGCAGCUAGUCAAGAUGAGUCCGAAACAACCACUCCCGUGACCGGAAUGAAAAAGGUGGCAUUGGAUUUGUACGCGAUCUCUCAAGGGACCCAGAAACUUUUUGGUGAAGAAGGUUCCGAGUUGAGCACAGAAGAAGAUAAAGAUUAUGCUACCACUCAAGACUCAUCAUCUACUGAAGAAAUCGAAACAACAACCCCGACAACUACAACUACUACAACAACUACAACUACUCCAGCACCUACAACCACUAGAACGACAACCACCACCACAACCACGACAACGGAAGCUCCAACUAAAGCAAGUAGAUUUGGUGGAAGACGUACCGUGAUUUCUGGCAGGAAAAGCACAACCACAACUGAAGCUCCUGCUGAAACAGAAAGCAAACCAAAGAAAUUUGGACGUCCCAGUUUUGGGGGCAGAGCUAGAGGUAAACCAACGCCAGCCCCAGCUCCAGUUGAGGAAGAUGUUCACAAGGAGGAAAGCAAACCAGUCAGUCAAUCUAAGCCGCCUGGCCGCGCAAGGUUUGGUGCCGCAAGGCCUCGAGGAAGAACAACGGCUGCUCCAGAAGAGGCUAAAGAUGAAGUUAGCACUUCUGCGCCAUCCACUGCUAAUCACAAACCCUCAUUGCCCAGAUCGAGGCCCACUUUUAACGCAUUAAGAGGUAGAGGUAGAAGCACUUCAAGUGCCCCACCUACUGAAGAAACUGUCGCUGAUUCAGAAUCUAGCUCCUCCGAGCCCAGUUCGACCACUGCUCGUCCACCAAGACGCAUUGCUGGAGGCAAUGCUAAUAUUAAACCCUUAAGGCCUGGACCAAGGAUUAAUAUUGGCGGUAGGCGGACUACACAAACUACAACUACCACUACUGAAUCCAGUAGCAUAUCUGAAGAAGACCACGCAGUUUCUGGGGACGAAGAAGAAGCCCCCGUAGAAGCUGCAAGCGAAAAGGAAGAAGCUCCAGCAUCAGUGCCUGUAGACAAUACUCCUCUAGGCCGACUGCGGAACAAAAAUCGCUUGAAUAUUCAACCAAAAGCAAAAUCGGCAAGCGCAGCAAGCGCUAGCUCAACUGUUCAAGUAAGGAGAAUAAAUCCUUUGUUAAACAGACGAAAACCAGGACAGACGACUGAGGCCCCGGCUAGCGAAGCGCCUAGCAGCGAGGCGCCUGAGCCAGAAGAGGAACCCGCUGCAGAAACAGAACCUUCCACUAGUUCUUCAAGUACCACAGAAGAACCGAGAGGGCUCAACAAAUUAUUAGCCGGAAGACGACGAUUAGCUGCCAGAGUACCUGGUACAAUCAACCACAAAUAAGUAAAAUGAAAUUUUGAGUAGUAAUCUGAAAAUCCGCAAAAAUAUUAUCAGCAUUUAAUUAGACACUUUGUAUAAUUAGCGCUUCUAAUUAUUGAAGGAAAACUUUCUGUUUUAUAUUUAAAAUUACAUUUAUAUUUUUUAAUGAUGAAACUGAAAAAUGCAUUAGCGUGUAAGUAAUUUCAGCGCUGUGAAUUGAGAAGUUACAAAACUGUAAUUGGAAAAAUAUAUUUUUUCUGCAAGUAUAUAUCUGGUUAGAAUAAGAUGGGCUAUACUUAUUUCCUUUCGAGUCUUAAUCAAAAUUUAUAGAUGUAUUUUAAUGGUAGAUUUAGAUACAAUGAUUUUUAGUUAUAAGAACUAGUUUACUUAAACUUUGCAGGCCUGACAUAGUGCCAAUAUUUGAGAUUAGUUGUAUCCUAUUUAAUUUCUUCUAAAAAUGUUUUGUCAUAUAUUUGGCUGGUGAAUUUUAGAAACACUUUAUAUAAACUUUACACCUUAUAUAUUCUUUUAUCUCUUUUCAAUCGAACAUUAUAUCCCAUACGUAAUGCUCAGUCUUAAACCAUGUAUGAAUGUACCAAUUCUAUCAAUGCAAUUAUUUAUUAUUUGGUUUUCGUUGUUACUUUUCUAUUUUAAGCGACUUGUAAAUAAUCUUGAAUAAAACUCUUAAAACAAA